CUCUGGGCUCCUUUCGGGGACUGGUACGGUACCGGUACGGUGGCUGGACUCCCUUUACCUUCCCUCUCACAAAACCAAAACACAAACAACAGUAACCAACAAACACAAAACACAAAGAAUAUGAAGCUCUUUAUUAUCAACAACAACAAAUCAAAAGCCUCCACCAGUUUGCUUUUUUUGGUCGCAUCAGCAAUGAUGAUGAUUGAAUCAUCUCAAGCGGCUCCUAAUUGUGCCCAUGAUUGCGCAGAAUACCCAGCAGGUUACACAUGGUGUCCAACCGUAUGGGACUGUAUCGAUCCUAAGAAGGAGGAGUGCCCUACAACAUGGGGAAAUACUGGCGAUGGUUGCACUGAUGAUGCAGGUUACCAAGCAGGUUUUACAUGGUGUCAAACCACAAGACAUUGUAUCGAUCCUAACGAGGAUGAGACGUGCCCUACAACACAGGGAAGUGGGGAUGACCGUGAAUGUUUUGAUGGCACCGAUGGUAGUUCUCUUGGUUGGGAAUGGUGUCCUGCCCUGCAAAUUUGUUAUCAGCCCGAUUUCUAUGACGUUGACUGCACAUGUGGCAGUGGAUCAUCCGUAGGAAACACUGCCUUGGCAGCUGCUGCAAGUCAAACUGCAGCUGCGGCUGCAACUCCAGUGUUGGCAAAAGCAGCAGCGCAAGGAAAUACUGGCGAUGGAUGCACGGAUGACGCAGGUUACCAACAAGGUACUACAUGGUGUCCUGCCUUAAAGGAAUGUGUCCUACAAGGGGUGGACGAGUGCCCUACAACACAGGGAAGUGGGGAUGAGCGUAAGUGCAUUGGGUCUGAUGGUAAAACUGAUGGUUGGCAUUGGUGUCCUUCAUGGGGAGUGUGUGUCAUGUGGUUUUGCCCAAAGGCAAAUGGAUCGGCCAAAAGUUCUACACUGGCAGCUGCGAGUCAAAGUGCUGCGGCUGCAACUCUCUCCACUGCAAAAGCAGCAAUGGCGGGCAGUGACAGAGAUGAGCAUGGAUGUGUUGGAUCAGCAGGCUACACCUGGUGCCCUUCCUUGGCCCAAUGCAUCAGGUCUCGGGAGACUAACUGCCCUGUGAAUGGUACAAAAUUUGAGGGCCCCAUUAGCAUUCAGUGCACAAAUGGAGCCUGCAGUGUGGACAAGGAUUGCAAGAUCAGCAUGGGUGGUUCCACCGUUGGCGGUCCAUAUUUGAAUGGCUUGGAUGCAAACCUUUACGUUCCAAGUGGUUGCACUGCCGACUGUACUGGCUGCCAGGAAAAAGUUGAUAAUGGCAAUGGUGGCCGUCGUCGUCUCAGACAAGGCGACAACAAAAACUAAACGGAAUGAACAACGAAUGAAAGUGUACAGAGAAAGAUCACACGUGGUAGAAGACGAAGGCAUAAAAUGGAAAGGAAGAAAAGCGCAAAAUGAAUGGCAAGGUGAUCUCAGCUUACGAGACUAGUCAAAACAUACCGAUAGUAGUCGUUAGUCAACAGACUCAAGGUUGGAUGGAUCUUCAAGGGGCCACAAAACCAGAUUGUCGUGUCCAAAUUGGUGGUUCCUGUCCUCUCAACUCCACAAUCAGUCAGCCAUUAUUUGCAAUAUUUGUCUCCAUCAUGACCGUUUUAACGAUGAGUUUUUUCGUGGCACUUGUCAGUUCCAGGGCAUACUCUUCCAGACUGCUGUAGGGUUAUUGUGUUUGAAUGGUUUUCCAACGUGACCGCAUCGGGAUGGACGGGAUGGGCAUCGCAAUGGAGAUAGACACCGUUUUGGAGCUAUUCGACCGUAUCAAAGUCGGGAUCUAGUACGGCCCGUAUGGAUGGCACGGCUCCCUGGGGCGACACGUACUGAAACCAGUAGAAUCCAUAAAAG